CUGAAAGUCUGAUCACUAAUGAAGAAGAUAAGGAGUUAAAGCCCUCACCUUUCAUUUCUCUCUUCUCAAUCACUUCCACAAACAACUAACUGAGAGAAAGUGAGAGACUGACAUAUCUCAGCUUCUCUUUAUUUUUUUUCUUCUGGGUUAUCCUAUUUUCCCAAAUAUUAUCCUUAUUCUUAUUGAAGAGAUUAUUGUUUCUUACUAGAGUAGAAAAAGGUACAUAGAUGAUUUACUAAUUUCAGCAAAAAAAGAAAAAGAAAGAGAGACCAUUACUUUAUGCACUAGGCAAAAUGACGCCUGUCAUUCCUUGUUCUGUGAGCAAUAUUUCAUUUAUUCCUGGAAAUGCCUUUACAACAAGGAAAAACAGGUGUUUAACCAGAUACAAUUAUUCUGAAAAUUCUACAAGACCGUCAUUAUCCUCUCAAAAACAUUUCAUAGCUCUUCCACGAAGCAUCACAGUGUUCCAAAAAUUGAGGAAUGGAUGUACAAGAAUCCCGAGACUAUCAGCCACUGGGACAGAUGUGGUAGUAGAGGAACAAGGCUCAUCAAUUGCAGAGGAGGAAGCACCUGCUGGACCACCUCAAGAAGUUGAGACAAAUGAAGAACCCUCCACUAAAUCUGAUGCCAGUGCUGCUGCUACUCGAGCCAAACGAAGACAAGGCAGGCGGAGUGAGAUGCCACCUGUAAAGAAUGAGGAUCUAGUUCCUGGGGCAACAUUUACUGGUAAAGUAAGGUCGAUACAGCCAUUUGGUGCUUUUGUUGAUUUUGGAGCUUUUACAGAUGGUCUGGUGCAUGUUUCCAGAUUAAGUGAAAGCUUUGUAAAGGAUGUCAAUGAUGUGGUUUCUCUAGGCCAGGAAGUAAAGGUGAGAUUGGUAGAAGUGAACACAGAGACAGGGAGGAUCUCUCUUUCAAUGCGUGAAGAAACCAGUAGCAGUAAACCCCAGCAAAAGACAGAUGGCAAUAGUGACAAGCCUAGGUCACCUAGAAGGAGCGCUGCUAAGAGAGAGGAUGUGAAGAAAACCAAAUUUGGCCUCGGUCAGGAUCUUGUUGGCACUGUUAAAAAUUUUGCACGGAGUGGUGCUUUCAUAUCUCUUCCUGAGGGUGAGGAAGGUUUCUUGCCCACAUCAGAGGAACCAGAUGAUGGUUUUGGGAAUGUUAUGGGGAACACAUCGCUGGAGGUUGGACAAGAAGUUAAUUGUCGUGUGCUGCGUAUUUCAAGAGGCAUUGUAACUUUAACUAUGAAGAAAGAGGAAGAUGUGAAAAAGCUAGAUGGCAAGUUGAACCAGGGCGUUGUCCACGAAGCAACAAACCCUUUUGUUGUUGCUUUUCGUAGAAACAAGGAUAUUGCUGCUUUUUUGGAUGACAGAGAACAACCUGAGGAAGAUGCAUCUGCUGAAACAACUACAGGGGAAGAUGCAUCUACUGAAACAACUACAGUUGAAGAUGCAUCUGCUGAAACCUCAAGCAAAGAAGCAAGUGAAGUUAAUUCUGUUGCUGAUACAUCACAAAGCCUUGACGCUGCUGCUGUCUCCCUUGGGGAAGCAGUAGAGGAUCCAAACAGUAAAGAAGUUGCAACAACAAGUCAAGAUGAUGGGCCUGUUGCAGAAGAUGAGAUGACAACACCAAUUUCUGCUGAAGGUGAGGAUACAAUAAGUGAGGUCUCGUCAGUUAGUGAAGAAGUUGUGGUGGAAACUCAAGCUGAGAUUGUUGGUGCAAAAGAGGAUGUGCCAGUAGAAAUUCCAACUGAUGAAGCCAUAUUAGAGACGGCCACUCCUGAGGAGAGCCAGAGUAUCAGUGCCUCAAGUGCAGAAGAGGAGGCAACAACACCCCUAUCUCCUGCCUCUUCAGCUGAAGAUGGAGAGACAAAAAGUGAGGUGUCUCCUGAGAUUGUUGGUGCAAAAGAGGAUGUACCAGUAGAAACUCUCACUGAUGAAGCCAUAUUAGAGACGGCUACUCCUGAGGAGAGCCAGAGUAUCAGUGCCUCAAGUGCAGAAGAGGAGGCAACAACACCACUAUCUCCUGCCUCUUCAGCUGAAGAUGGAGAGACAAAAAGUGAGGUGUCUCCUCUUAGCCAGGAAGCAGUAGCAGAAACUCAAGCUGAGGAUGUUACUGCAAAAGAGGAUGUCCCAGUAGAAAUCCCCACUGAUGCAGCUCCUGAGGUCAAUGGUAGUAUUGAUGGGUCAAGUGGAGGACCAAAUGGAUCUUCCCCUCAGGAAACCACUCCCAAAGCAGCUAUUGCCCCUGCUCUAGUAAAGCAGUUACGAGAAGAAACAGGAGCAGGAAUGAUGGAUUGCAAAAAGGCACUAUCUGAGACUGGAGGUGACAUUCUUAAAGCACAGGAGUAUCUCAGAAAGAAAGGACUAUCGAGUGCAGAUAAGAAAGCCAGCAGAACCACUGCUGAAGGGAGAAUAGGUUCCUAUAUUCAUGACAGCAGGAUAGGUGUACUGAUUGAGGUGAACUGUGAAACAGAUUUUGUUUCUCGGGGUGAUAUUUUCCGGGAGCUGGUCGAUGAUCUAGCCAUGCAAGUGGCUGCAUGCCCUCAAGUAGAGUAUCUUUCUACUGAUGAUGUUCCAAAAGAAUUUGUGGAUAAAGAAACAGAAAUGGAGAUGCAGAAGGAAGAUUUGUUAUCAAAGCCUGAGCAAAUUCGAUCAAAAAUUGUUGAAGGGAGGGUCAAUAAGAGGCUUGGAGAUUUGGCUUUACUUGAGCAGCCAUACAUCAAGGAUGAUAAGGUGAUUGUUAAAGACUGGGUCAAGCAGACAAUUGCAACAAUUGGAGAAAACAUAAAAGUGAAUAGGUUUGUGAGGUACAACCUCGGUGAGGGGUUGGCAAAGAAGUCCGAAGAUUUUGCAGCUGAGGUUGCUGCACAAACUGCAGCAAAAUCAGCCCCUCCAUCAGAAAAGGAGGAGCCUGCUGCAGCUGAAGUUGAAAAACCUGCUGAAAAGGUACCAACAGUAGCAGUCUCAGCUGCCUUAGUUAAACAACUAAGAGAAGAAACUGGGGCAGGCAUGAUGGAUUGCAAGAAGGCUCUCGCUGAAACUGGAGGAGACCUCGAGAAAGCUCAAGAGUAUCUUAGAAAGAAGGGCCUAUCAAGUGCGGAUAAGAAAUCUAGCCGACUUGCAGCUGAGGGAAGAAUCGGAUCCUACAUUCAUGAUGCCCGGAUUGGAGUGCUUAUCGAAGUCAACUGUGAAACUGACUUUGUGGGUAGAAGUGAAAAUUUCAAGGAACUAGUUGAUGAUUUGGCUAUGCAAGUUGCAGCUUGCCCACGGGUCGAGUAUGUAUCAGUCGAGGAUAUACCCGAAAGCUUUGCGAUCAACGAAAAGGAGAUCGAGAUGCAGCGAGAAGACAUUCUGUCAAAGCCUGAGAAUAUCAGGGAGAAAAUUGUUGAAGGAAGGAUUUCAAAGAGGCUCGGGGAACUCGCUCUGUUGGAGCAGCCCUUUAUUAAAGAUGACAGUAUCCUGGUGAAGGACCUUGUGAAGCAAACCGUGGCUGCACUUGGGGAGAACAUAAAAGUUCGGAGGUUUGCUCGGUUUACCCUUGGCGAGCAAACUGAAAGCUCGAACACAGAACCUGAAGCAUGAAAAUUAGAGGAUAACUGAUUAUCAUAGCAUUUGGAGAAUAUCUUGGAAUAACCUGUUCAGGUUAGUGGGGCUUUGAGUUAAGGAACAAUAGUCUAAUUCUUUCAAGUUUGUUGUAUCAAUUUUUAAAGGCAGUUUUUGUUUGCUUUUAUUGCCUUUUCUUCUGUAAUCAUCAUAUAGCUCAUGUUCCAACAAUUAUGGUCUAUACUCUAUAGGAGAGAAAUCUGAUGUAGAGACACAAAGAGGCUGCAUCUUCAAUUGUAUUUGUAGUUGGGAAGAAAACAUGAAAAACCUUUUUGUAAAGGUGUUCUUGAGGCUUUUAUGUAUAUCUUUAUUCUUCA